AUGGAGACCCGAAAGUAUUUACGUUUAGUUUUCAUACUUACCUGCUUUCAAAUAUACUUUAUAGAAGGUCGUCUAAGUGAAAAGCGCAGGGAUAAAAGUGACAGGAGAUACCAUAAUAACCAAGCCAAAGACAACAUAUGUGAAGUGCCAAAUAGAGAUGCAAAGGUCCACUGCUACUGUGAAAAUACAGACGCGUACCAAGCAACGCGAGUAGAUUGCUGGGUGUUUAACGGUGGAAUAGAUGAAGCCGAUCCCAUUUGGACCACAUUCAAUGCCCAGCCUCACAUAGAACGAUUAGCAUUCAACGUACGGUCAGACGGAGCCCUGUCGUUCGUGCCACUUAAUGUUAUUCAUAAAUUAAAGCGGUUGAAAAAGUUGCAAUUGAACUAUGCGACCUUGAACCGAAUAGAAAAAAGAACGUUCACAAAUAUGUCCAGCGUAAGAGAAAUAACGUUAAAGAACAAUCAAAUAACGGAAUUGGACUUUUCCGCGUUCGCCAGUCUCCCUUCGCUUGUAAACUUGACUAUAAAAGGAAAUAAAAUGACCGAACUCCAGAGGGAUGUAUUCGUCGAUUUACCGAGUCUCAGAUAUCUCGAUUUAUCGUUUAGCACUAUUAAUCUAGUUCACGAUGGAUGCUUUGAACAUUUAAAUGUACUCAACGAUUUAGUAUUAGAGGCUAAUUUAAUUUCAGUUCUAACGAAAGACACUUUUAGAGGGCUCUCAAAUUUGACGAGAUUGGAUUUGAGAUCGAACAAACUGUCAAUGAUAGGAGACUUGACAUUUAUCGAAUUGUGGAACUUAAAUGAACUUCUUUUGGACAAUAAUAACUUAAAAUAUUUAUCGGAAAGGGCGUUCGAUGGAUUGGCCUUGUUACAGAAAUUGACUAUGACUGGCAACAAAUUACAGACUAUCAACGAAGUGCUUCUAGAGGGCGUAAGAGGUCUCGAAUUGCUGGAUUUAAGGAAUAAUGAAAUUGAAUUAUUCUCUUACGAAACUGUAAAGCCGAUUUUGGAAAAUUUGAAAAUGCAAACUUCUGUAUUAUAUUUAAGUGGUAACAAAUUGAGGUGUGAUUGUCGUCUGACCUGGAUUCAAGUGCUGCGUAAUGAAUCGAAAAGUGAACCCCUCAGACAAGCGCUCGACGAAGUCACCUGCAUACCAAAUACAUCUGAAAGCAUAGACACCGCUUUGAGCCCUGAUAAUAAACAAAAGUUAGAUUCGUUUGAAGUUGAGUCUGCGAGUGAUACUCCUCAACGUAAUGACAAAGAUGAAGCGAUGACUACGAACAAAUACGGCCCCGACAAACUUCUCUUAAAUCAAGUCGUUUUAGUGGACAUGCCUCCAGAAACCCUGCCUUGCCCCAGUCAACUGGGUCAAAAUGGUGAAGACUCGUUAAUGUUGUCAUCGAAAGAUGAAAAUUAUUGGCAGCCAAAUUGUAGUAUUAAAAUACUCACAAACUACUUAAUCCUUGCUUUAGUUUUAGUUAUAAUAUAG